CGCUACCUCUCUCGGCUCCAUCAUAGCUAGGACAACUUAGCAUAACCGGUUUAGUUUCCUCUACCCUUCCACACAGGCCAGUGUCAGACGACGCUUUUAGUUUCACUGUGUACGCGAUUGUUACAGUGCGCUGUGACGUUUCGAAUAGUCAGAUUUUGAGUACAAGUAGUCGAGGCACGUAAGCGACGAGAAAUCUCUUGCAUACCAGUGCCGCGUGGGUCACGUCGGAGCAGUCGGAAUGGCGCGGAGAACAAGCGUACAUCUUCCGCAUGUAGCGGUGCUCUGCCUCUUAGCCUUCUCAGUGAUGGUCGAUGCGCUCCCCCAGAUAAAAAACCUCAUCGGUUCCUCCUUCACCCCAAAGCGCAGCAUUCGUCGAGCCACGGGCGACGGCUCUCGCUCGGGGGGAAUCGACUUCAGCCGGAUCGUGCAGCUGUCGGCGUGGAAGCCGCGCGCGUACCUCUACCGCAACUUCCUCACGGACGACGAGUGCGACCACAUUAUCAAAAUCGCCACGCCGCGCCUCCAGAGGUCAUCCGUGGCGGACAACACGGACGGGCACAGCGAGCUGAGCGAGAUCCGCACGAGCAGCGGCAUGUUCAUUGCCGUCGCCGAGGACGCCGUCCAUCGCGCGCAUCGAGCACCGCAUCGCCCGAAUGGACCUUCCUGCCGCUGCCCAACCAGGAAGCCAUGCAGGUGCUGAAAUACGAGAAGGGGCAGAAGUACGAGCCGCACGUGGACUAUUUCCACGACCCCAACAACCGCAAGCGCGGCGGGCACCGGUACGCCACGGUGCUCAUGUACCUCAACAACGUCACCAAGGGCGGCGAGACUGUCUUCCCCACCGCCGACGACCACUCGCCCAGGGAUGACUGUGGUCCGACUGCGCCAAGGGCAAGCUCGCUGUGAAACCCUCAAAGGGUGACGCCCUUCUUUUCUAUAGCAUGCAUCCGGACGGCUCCCCUGACGCGUCCUCGCUGCACUACGCAUGCCCUGUGGUGGAGGGCGUCAAGUGGUCCGCACCCAAGUGGAUCCACGUGGCAGACUUCUCCAAGCUCUACACCGGGCCCUCGGGCGGCGUGGGCAUGGCUGACAUGGCGGGCGGCGGGCAGGGCGUGCUGACAGGGUGCAUCGACGCCAAUGCCUUCUGCCCCAGCUGGGCUGCCAGUGGGGAGUGUGAGAGGAACCCUGCCUACAUGCACGAGUCCUGCAGAAAGUCCUGCAAGCAGUGCUAGCAGCUAGUGGCGCAGUGGGGUGCCAUGCCAUAGAAGGAACAGGGGUGAUGGAGUUACAGCAGGAACCAGUGCUAACAGCAGGAGCUACCCUGCAAAAUGUGUACAUUUCAGCUGUAGUAUUGUACAAGAUGUGUGGGCAAGUGUAGACCAGAAGCAAAGAUGUAUGUUUAUAAGUAAUUUGUUU